CAAAUCCUAUGUCAAUGGAUCGCCGCGUUAGAACUUUUUACACGCCAACACAACUCAACUCAAAAACUUAAGAUGUCUGUGUCUCUUGAUUUCAGCUAAACUUACAACUAAUAAAUUUCUCAGUUUCUGCAUAUAAAUUCUUCUUUUUUCUUUACCUCAAGUUAGGUAAUGGGUAGUUAAUAUAAAACAGCAGAGAAAACAAAAAUAAAAAUAGUUGGUAACAGAAAUAUUCCGAAACUACUAUUGGGAAUGGAAGAAGGGUGGAGAAUUGGGCAUCAUUGGAGCUUCAACACGGCGGUGUUCAUGGUGGUCUUAUUGCUAUUUCUUCAGCAUCUGAGUUUUUCUUCGUCUCUCAACAGCGAAGGUUUGGCACUGUUGAGGUUUCGAGAGAGAGUGGUGAGAGACCCUUUUGGGGCGUUAUCGAACUGGGAUGGCAGUGGCGCAGAUAUUGAUCCCUGUUCGUGGUUCGGUGUUGAGUGCUCAAAUGGGAAAGUAGUCAUCUUGAAUUUGAGAGAUCUUUGCCUUGGAGGGACGCUGACACCGGAAAUUGGAAAAAUUCCAAAAUUAAAAUCUAUUAUUCUUCGCAACAAUUCAUUUUUUGGGACCAUUCCUAAAGAGAUUGGAGAACUGAAGGAGUUGGAAGUGUUGGAUUUGGGAUAUAACAACUUUACUGGGUCGUUUCCUUCUGAUUUUGGCAAUAAUCCGUCUCUACAAAACCUUUUACUGGACAACAAUCAAUACCUUGGCAGCGUAUCUCCUGAAGCAUAUGAGCUUAAGACACUUUCUGAGCUUCAGGUGGAAGAGAACCAGCUAACCACUAAUGCUUUAAGAGCAUCUUGUGACAGAAAACUAUUAUUUUCAUGGAAAACUAUCCGAUCUGGAGAUACCACUUACAGGAGGCUGCUGCAGCGGGUAGCGGCAGCACCUGCUGCAGGACCUCAUAUUUCUCUUCCACCAUUGCCAUCGCAUUCUCCCUCCCCGUCGCCUUCACACUUUCCAUCACCAUCACCUUCAAACUUUCCAUUACCAUCUCUACCUCCUGCAAAUCCACCAACUGUUGUUGCUACACCACCUCAAUUGCUUGCAUCUCCAACGUCUUCUCCUGAUUUAAGUCCAAGCCAAACAGCAGGGAUUCAUUCCAAGUCAAAGCAUCACAUAGUUCUGGUUUUGGCCGGAAUUGUGGGAGGCUCAGUCUUAACUCUGAUUUUGGCUAUUGGCAUUAUCUUCCUCAGAAGCAGUAAAGUGGUUACUGUUAAACCUUGGGUAACAGGGUUAAGUGGGCAGCUUCAGAAAGCAUUUGUAACAGGUGUACCUAAAGUCAAGCGAGCAGAACUUGAAGCAGCAUGUGAAGGCUUCAGUAACAUAAUUGGCUCUUAUUGGGAUGGUACUGUGUAUAAGGGAACUUUAUCAAGUGGGGUUGAAAUAGCUGUAACAUCUACUUCUAUCAAAUCGAGAGCAGAUUGGUCAAAAAGUUUAGAAACGCAAUUCAGAAAGAAGCCUUGUUUACAGAUAGACACAUUAUCAAAAGUAAAUCACAAAAAUUUUGUGAACCUUAUUGGGUUCUGUGUAGAAGACAAUCCUUUCACAAGAAUGAUGGUUUUUGAGUAUGCUCCAAAUGGAACACUCUUUGAGCAUCUUCACAUACAAGAAGCUGAGCAUCUGGACUGGAGAAUGAGGCUACGCGUAGCUAUGGGCAUGGCCUACUGCCUUGAGCACUUGCAUCAGUUGACACCACCUGUUGCUCAUAGAAAACUGCAAUCUUCCUCCAUCUACCUGACUGAAGACUAUGCAGCCAAAGUAUCAGACUUCAGUUUCUGGAAUGACACAACAACAGCAAAGACUGGAUCAGCUUCCAUGGAACUGUUAGAAAUGUCAGCGAAUUAUCCAGAAAGCAAUGUCUACAAUUUUGGAGUUAUUUUGUUUGAAAUGAUAACUGGUAGGAUCCCUUUUGCGGUGGAUGACAGCCCUGUGGAGGACUGGGCAUCAGCAUAUCUGAAAGUGGAACAGCCAUUAAAAGAAAUGGUGGAUCCAACUCUAAAAUCUUUCCAGGAGAAUGAGAUUGAGAAAUUGCUUGAAGUUAUCAAGGACUGUGUCCACCCUGAUCCCAAACAGAGACCAACAAUGAGAGACAUUGCAGCCAAGUUAAAAGAAAUAACAGCAAUGGGACCUGAUGGAGCAGUACCAAAAUUAUCCCCUCUCUGGUGGGCAGAACUAGAAAUUAUGUCCACUGAAGCAAGUUCCGAAGUGAAAUUUAAUCUUAUAUAAGUUUCAAAUGAUCUUGACCUUUUCUUUUCCCUGUUUCUGUUGUUGGUCUCAGAAGCAGUGGUAAGUAGAUUAGAUGUUACUGUCUUAGAGGAAAGGUCAUCGUAAUUCACUGAGAGAGACCUGAUGGCUUUGUUUUGUUUGCUUUCUUCCUCUGAUCUAAAUUUGACUGAAUAAAUUUCCGCAAAUAGUUUAUAUUUAUAACAUCAAUAAAUUUGGGUGUAUUCUUUCUUUUCAA